AAAGUGUUUUCUUACGGCAACUGUCGGUUCGUUUGGUUUAAAGCUCAACGUUUAUUUUUUUUUCACUGUUUUGUGUACAAGAGUUCUAUUUCGCUUUUCUGCUACAGAUGGUGUAAAAUGGUCCACGCAGCUCAACUAUUAGGCUAUUGAUAUUUUCGACACAGCCAAACGCCCGUGCACACAGCGAACGAAAUGGAACUACCAAAAGGGGCCAAAAUUACCCACGCCGGUCUGCUGCAGCACACUCCGGAUGGAAAGACGGAAAUUCAAAAGAUCACCCAGGCCGGUCUGGUUGCUCGCUCGCCGGAAGGAACAGCCGCCAAGGGGAUGAACAUUCGAGGAAACGAAGAUCUGUGGGUGGAAAUCCAGGCGAAUACCUUCAAAAACUGGGUCAACGAGCAUUUGCGUGAAUCCGGGUUGCAGGUAACUGACUUCCACGAUGAUUUCUGCAACGGCACAUACCUGUGUGCUCUUGUGGAAGCCCUGCAGAAGCGGCCCCUUAAACCAACGUGGAAUAAGCGGCCAGCAAACCAGCAUCACUAUUUGGAGAAUGCUACCACGGCAUUGAACGCCAUCGAAGCGGAUGGAGUGAAGCUAGUCAAUAUCGGGAACGUUGACAUUAUCAACGGCAAUGUCAAACUAAUCCUCGGUCUCAUCUGGUCGCUGAUUGUGCGAUACCAGAUUGGCCGGAGUAAGUUCCCGCCGAGAAAGCUGAUGCUGGCCUGGCUGCAGGCUGCCCUUCCGGAUUGUAAAGUCACCAAUUUGACAUCCGACUGGAACAGUGGGGUGCUACUAUCGGCACUGCUGGAUUACUGCGAGCCAGGAAUAUUCCCCCACUGGCGCACAUUGGAUGUGCACGAUUCGGUCAGGAAUUGCGAACGAGCCAUGAACAUAGCUUACGAACGGUUUGGAAUACCGAAAGUUCUAGAGCCGGAAUAUCUUGCUUCCAGUUGGCUGGAUGAGCUGUCCGGUAUGACCUAUCUGUCGUACUUUAUGAAACCGGAUGGUCCAGGUUAUAAUGCAACAAUGAGAUGGGUUAACAACACAGUUAAGAGACCAGUUUCAAAUUUUACGACGGAUUUCAACGACGGCAAGGUAUUCUGUGAGAUAAUCAAGGACCUUGGAGGUCCAGUGCCAGAUCCCAGCAAGCUAAGUUCGGAUCCAGCUUUAUGGGAGAGCAACCAAAACAAGAUUAUUGAGGGUGGUCUGAAGUUGGGUGUGAAACCGGUUCUCGCUGCAAAAGAUAUGGCAACCGCCGAUGAGGAGCAUCUGGGUAUAAUGGCCUACACUACUUGGCUACGAUGGGUCAUACCUAGAGCUCCGUUGGCCGAUAUGUUGGCGGUGCACUUGGAAAGCACUUCUGGAAGAAUUGGUGAACCGACGCGGUUCAGGGUGGAAGUGCUUUCGAGGGAAAUCGAACUUUCGAAGGUAAAGGCGUUUGUUAGUACGCCGAACAGCAACAUCCUGCAACCGGUGAAGUUGAACUCCAGAGGAGAGGGAGCGUACAUUCCGGAUAAGUACGGAAUGCAUGAGAUUCUGCUGGAAGUCGACGAUAAUCAGCUGGGCGGCCAUUUCUUCCGAGUAUUACCACGAUUGGUGCAUGUGGCUCCACCCGGAAUGGCACCAUGCGCUUUGGGCAGUUUAGUUGAGGUUCUCGUCAAUGCCACUGGUGCUCCCAAGUUUGAGGAUAUUCUGGUAACGGCGUACAGUCCAUCAGGAAGGCCGCUGAAAUGCCCUUUGAAAAAGAUCGACCACGGUCACAGUGCCAUAUUCAAACCGGACGAAGCCGGCGUCUGGGAGAUUGCCAUAACCUACCAGGGACGUCACAUACAGGGCGGUCCGUUCAGCUGUUCGGUGUUCGAUCCAAGUGGUGUCUCCGUGCACGGUCUGGACGGUGCCAUGCCGCUGCGCGCACAUUCCUUCGAAGUGGAUGCUCGCGGCGUUGGCGUAAGCGGUGAACUGCACGUUGACAUCGUGCACGAUAAACGGUCGCUUGUCUGUUCGGUGGAAAAGUUGCAGGAAAACAAAUACCAAGUUACGUUCAUGCCACGCCAGAAUGGCAAACAUCGAGUUUAUAUCUAUUUCAAUGGAUACGAUGUUAAGGGAUCACCCUAUAUAAUGCGUGUUGGCAGUAAGGGUCGUUCGGGAAAGACAAGAAGCAGUCCGAACCACGACAGCCGGAUGAGAUCGGAGAGUCCGUCGUAUCAUUUCAAUACCACAUCCUUGAACAGGAAAAAUGAAACGGUCCGCAGGGAGUUAUACUCCCCGCAGACCGUUCAAAUGGCCAAGGAGACAUACGCUACUCGACUAACUUCGCCCAUGCGUGAGACUCCAUCACCCAGAGAAGUACACAACAGCAGCUACAGAAGCGAGUACAAGAACGUUUUAUCGAACAACGAUCACAGCUUCAAGAACAAAACAGAAACAUUGGUGAAUGACGUAAAGACUCCACCAAAAGACGAAGCCUACAACUACGUUAAAACCAUUCGAACGGAGAAUCAUGUCACCAAAACGAUUCGCCAACAUCGGGACUCGGAGAGUCCCGGCCUGAUUCGAGCUAGUCCCAGCCUGAAAAGUCCACAAACAGUUUCCUCGACAAUCUACGAAACGAACAACUCAAGAAACGCAACUGCUAGUCCCAAGUUCUACACAUCGAGCACACGUUACGUGCCCUCUCCGUCGCCGGUGGUGGAUCAUCGUAUUUCAAGUCCGAUCAAUAUGCACGAGAAAAACGAAACAUACAAGGUUACCGAGCGGGAAUCGUCCUACAAAAGUACAAUCACGCGGGACGUUAUUCGGGACAGCCCACCGGUGGAGUUGUACAAAACGUCUCCCGUUGCGGCCGUUGAUUAUUCGUCCAAUAUCAAGGUGACAGCAAACAAUGGACCAUCGCGGCGUGACAGUCGGGACGUGAUCAACAAAACGAAGCAUAUGUUUUCGCACAACUCUUUGGAAUCGUUGGCCAAUCUGACCGAAAAGCAGUUGAAUACGGACUUGACUUACGAUAGGACGGUCGAUCAUCAGACCGAGAAGAAUACGCAAUUCAAUAAGUUUUCACUGGGCGAAGGAAAUUAUAAAAACGAUCGAAAAAUUAUUGAUGAUGAAGGGUUGUAUCGUUCGGGAGGAUAUUUGAAGAAUUAUAAGACCGAGUCAAAUUCCCGUUAUGAGAAGUACACGACGGUAAAUAGUGGAUUUGAACCGAUCGGACGUGACAUUUCCGGUGCUAGAGCAAUUCGCGUGCAGGACAUUCCAGAUGGUGUACUCGGUCGUCCGGUGGAGUUCGAGAUCGACGGCUCACAAGCCGGUUCCGGAAAUCUAGAGAUUCUUGUCAAUGGCGGACGCGUCACUUCGGCAGUUCGCGCUUUGGGUAAUCAACGUUUCAUUGCGAGCUUCACACCGCACGAAUCCGGUGUCCAUACGGUGCAGAUAACGUUCAACGAGGAAACGGUGCCAGGGUCACCGUGGAAUAUCAACAUCAUGUCCUCACCGGGGCUGACGGCUCUCGGUGAAUCCACCCGGCUGGUGCCGGCCAGUGUGCCGGCGGUUUUUGAGGUUCUGCCGCCUCCUGGAGCUUCGAUCCGGGGCAGUGACUGCGUGGCGACCGUGCUCUCGCCCAGCAAGAGCAAGGUCAACGCGCGGGUCACCCACGAGGCGGCCAACGGUGCCCUGCGGAUUGAGUUCGUUCCGAAUGAGGUCGGCACGCACAUCAUCGAGGCAUCGAUCGGCGGAACAACCUUGGUCGGCGGUCCAUUGAUUGCGAAGGUGUACGAUUCCAGUUUGAUUCAGGUAACGGAUGUCAAUGGAGGGGUAGUUGGUCAACCGUGCCAGUUCAGAGUGGACGCCAGCGCGGCCGGUGAAGGCCAGUUGGAAAUUUCGAUCAACGAAGGGGAAGUCCCAAAUCAUGUUCAGGUCGUGGGAGGCGGACGGUGCCUGGUGUCAUUUACCCCCGAACAGGCAAAACCACAUUUGAUUGAUAUCAAAUUCAAUGGAGAAACGGUCAUUGGAUGCCCGUUCGUGUGCUCUGUUGCUGACACAAGUCGAGUUCUGCUCAAUUUAUCUAAUUUGGAGUUAAUUCCUGUCAACAGACCGGCCUCGUUUCACAUCACGGUAAGCGGUGGUGGAGCUGCCGAGUUGGCAGUAAGCGUUCGUGGUCCCCAAGGAGAACUUCCCGUGAGGGUGACUGGUGACAUACAUGCAGGAUUCACAGCUGAAUUCACUCCAAAUCAUGUCGGAGCCCAUACGAUCAAUGUCGAGUACAACGGCUAUCCGGUUCAGGGUACACCAUUCGUGGCCAAAUCAUACGACGCGACCAAGGUUGCCGUGGGAUCAGUUUCGAAGGGAACCGUCGGCCGUCCGGUACAGUUUACGGUUGAUGCGGGCGAUGCCGGUGAAGGAAAUCUGGAGAUCACAAUCUCCGCCAAAGGCCAUAACAUUCCCACCCAGGUGCACCCGCAAGGGAACGCCAAAUUUGCUGUAUCGUUCGUUCCCGCUGAACCGUGCGAGCACAUUAUCAAUGUUUCCUUCAACAAAAUGCUGGUCCCGGGAUGUCCGAUAACGGUUAUCAUCAACGGGGGAACGACCGGUCCACAAGUGUCGCUGGGCGGUCCCGGACCGCUCCAUUUGCCGAAUUCGCUAAUCAUCAACCACGCCGGAGGCCGACUGGAGGACAUCGAGGUCAACGUCGAAGGACCAUCCGGUCACUCGGUGCCAGCGCAGGUACUGCAGACCGCGGACGGGGUGUUCAAGGCCGAGUUCGUUCCGCGGGUCGUCGGUGAGCACCGAGUCAGCGUAACCGUCGAGGGUCAACCGACGGUGGGCAGUCCAUAUUCGGCUAAGGUCUACGAUGUCACCGCAAUCAAGGUGAAGAACGUCAACAAUGGUACCGUGGGAAAACCGGUCGUCUUUUUGGUGGAAACUUCCCAGGCGGGCCCCGGUAAUCUAGAGGUGACAGUGAAUGGCGGUCGCGUUCCGACCUCGGCUCAAGCUCAAGGUCAGCAUACCUAUGCGAUCAGUUUUACUCCGCGCGAGGCGCAAAACCACACCGUAGAGCUGAGAUUCAACGGACAGGAUGUGCCGGGAAGUCCAUUCACCUGCAAGGUAUCUCCGGCAGCAAGAAUUGUCGCCAACGAUCUAAUGGAUAAGGUUAGUGUCGGACACGUGUUUGAUUUUUUAGUGGAAUCGGAUAUAUCACCGGUCGUGGAGGUUCUGGGACCGGCACGGCGUGCCGUUCAUGCCGAUGUGAUGCCCGUUCCCGAUGGGUAUAAGGUUAAAUUUGAACCGAUCGAGGUUGGCGAUCAUUCGGUGGAGGUGCGUUUGCCGGGCAGUGGUCAUGUCGAAGGAAGUCCAUUCUUGCUGAAGGCAUAUUCGGCAGAGAAGGUUGUCGUUACCGACAUUCGACCGGGAACCGUUGGAAAGAGUGUUAGUUUCGGGAUCAAUGCUAGCCAAGCAGGAGCAGGAAAUUUGGAAAUCAUUGUGGCAGUUGGUGGGAAAAAUGUUCCCAAUUUUGUACAAUCGGAAGGAAAUGCCAGGUUCAAGGUGAACUUUAAACCGACGGAGGCGGCCACGCAUUCCUUGUCGGUGCGUUUCAAUGGUUAUCCGGUUCCAGGAUCACCGUUUGCUUGCCACGUAACUCAUGCCCCACUGUCGUUAUCGAGAGCUAUCGCCACCGGAGAAUCAUUGAGACAAGCUCCAGUUAAGUGCGAGAAUAUUUUCGAGCUAGAAGGGUUCGACGGAAUUGAUCCCCAGGUGUUGAUUACUUCCCCUUCGGGAGAUACCGUUUCUUGUAGGGUAUCCUACAGAGAUGACAUCCAUUUAGUGUCAUUCGUUCCCACAUCCGUAGGGAGGCACUUGAUUAGUGUAACUGCUAAUGAUCAACACAUCAACGGAUCACCGUUUUCAUGCAAUGUAUUCGACGUUUCACGUGUAGCAAUCAGCGGUCUUGAUCAUCAUAACACUCUGGCUUCGCUGGGUGUUCCGCUGACAUUUAGCGUGGAUGCUGCAGGUGCUGGGGAAGGUACGUUGGAGUUGGUCGUAUCGACGGCUACGAGUACCGUAAAGGCCGAAGUAACCGCUUGUGCUAGAGGACUGUAUGACGUAACUUUUGUACCGCAAACUUGCGAACCCCAUUUUGUCAACAUCACUUUUAACGAUCUUCCCGUGGAUGGAAGCCCCUUCCGAUGUGAGGUUCAGCAGAACACACAAAACGUCCAAGUUGGAAACAGUACUUUUAUUGAGUUGGUGGGCGAAGAUCAAAGCAUCGAAAUUUACGAUCCAGACAAUAAGAUGGUUCCAUUCACUUUAUCUCGAAAGUCGGCCGAAUUCAAGGCUACUAAAAUCGGAAGCUACAUCGUUCGUUACAUCGAUCAGGAAACGCGAUCAUUCAUCGCUGCUAGAACCAUUAACGUAUUCGACCCGUCCAUGGUGAAGAUCGUCGAAGUGGGAGAAGCUUAUUGCCAUAAGCCUGCCUCGCUGGCGGUGUCGAUAGUGGAUGCCGGACAGGGCACUCUAACGUCGGUGGUACGCUGCGGAGGUUUGGAGGUUCCACAUUCAAUUCGCGGUCCAACCAAGAACGGAACAUGGGAAAUCGUUUAUCACCCGACUCGGGUUGCACCGCACAAGAUCAUGAUCCUGUACAAUCAGGUUCCAAUUGCCAGUAAACCGAUAGAAAUCAACGUUAUGGCUCCAGCAAUGAGUAAAGAGAUCACCGUCAACGGGCUGGGAUUGUACCAGGCCCGCGUCGGUAAGACGACAUCGUUCGCCAUCGAUACCGUUGGUCAUCCGGCACGGGAGUUUGAUGUGGUCGUUUCGGGCCCGGGAGGUCAAGCUCUACCAGUGCGCUGCUAUCAGACCAAGGGAGGCCAUCUGCAGGCGGAAUUCACCGUACAGAAAGUUGGGCAAUGUUUGAUUGACGUACUUCAUCAAUCGAAGCCUUUGCCGGGAAGUCCAUACACCUGCGAAUCGUAUGAUCCAUCGAAAAUUCAUCUGCAGAAGGUGCCGAAGAUGAAUCUCUGCACCAAUUCGCCCAUUAGCUGGAAUGUAAAAUCCGAAUCAGCUGGCGUUGCGGAAAUCGAAGUAACUGUACUGUCACCAUCCGGUCAAAACGUACCCGUCAAACUAACCCAACAGGAAGAUUAUGUCCAUCAGGUUGAGUUCUUGCCACUGAGUGCCGGUCAUUACAAGGCCACCGUGAUGUACGGUGGAGAGAGUGUUCCUGGUUCUCCGGUAACUUUCGCGGUGCAGGCGUUUGGCAACAAAACCGAUAGCCAUGCAUCGGGAAAUGGCCUAGAAGUGGCUCAUCGUGGAAAAGAGACUUCGUUUGUAGUGUUCUGCCCAACAACGCCGAAUGUUCAAAUCGAACGGUUGGAUGAGCAGGCCGAACGGAUUGAGCCGAAAAUCAAAAAUCUCGGUAAUAAUGAGUGGAAAAUUUUCUAUACUAUUUUGACGGUUGGAGAGUAUGAAAUACGAGCCAGUUGCACCAAUAGAGGACCCUUGCCAGGAUCGCCAUGGACGAUUGCUUGCUUGGACCCGGCAAAGGUAACACCGAUCGGAGGCUGGGGUAGUUUGUUGGAUAGUAAUGGAAAGUUGUUGCUUCCGGUAAAAAUUGCCUUCGAUACCGGCAUGGCCGGUCCAGGGGAACUGACCUGCUAUGUGGAUGGCAACGAGGUACAAGUUGAAAAACAAAGUACUAGUAGAAGCUUACUAUACCUAACCGACGACGGCCUAUCAAAGGGUGAGCACAGCUUCGACCUGACAUGGUCAGGUCUAUCGAUAUCGCAAAGCCCUGGAUACGUUUUUGUAACUGGCAGUUCAUCCGCCGCCGAUAAGGUUGUUCUCACAGGAAGAGGCUUAACUUCUGCACAAGUUGGUGAAAUCUCCCACUUUACUAUCGACGCUUCCGAAGUUAUGUCUGGUAAACCGGAGGUUCAUAUGACAUACGAGGAUGGAGAAAAUCUUCCAGUAACACUUCUUCAACCAAGACCUAACGAACUGAUUUGGUUAGCAUCGUACAACCCACACAAAUCCACCGGUGGUCCGCUGAGCCUUUCGGUUGAAUGGAAUGGACGCCCUAUAAAGGGAUGUCCACUAACAAUCGCGGUCGGUCCGGCGGUCGAUGCCGCUAAAGUGUUGUGCUCCGGUGAAGGUCUUCGGAACGGAGUAGUCGGACGAGAUAUCAAAUCCUGGAUCGACACUCGGCGUGCUGGACCAGGAGAACUUACCGCCCACUGCGCUGGUCCACGAAAGGUUGCCUACUGUGAACUGUACGAUCAUGGUGAUGCGACCUUCACAUUAAAUGUUAAGCCCCAGGAACCGGGAAGACAUUCGCUUACUAUUAAGUACGGUGGUCAACAUGUGCCCGGAUCUCCAUUUACCCUGCGAGUCGCAGGAGCACCCGAUGCUAGCAAAGUUCGUGUGUACGGCCCAGGAAUCGAACAUGGUGUUCUAGCAACGUUCCAGUCUCGAUUCAUAGUGGACACCCGAGGAGCCGGUGCUGGGCAACUAACGGUUCGCGUACGUGGUCCCAAAGGAGCUUUCAGAGUUGAGAUGCAGCGAGAAAGCCAGAAGGACAGGACUAUACUCUGCAAGUACGACCCAACCGAACCGGGCGAUUAUCGAGUGGAAGUCAAGUGGGCUGGCGAACUGGUGCCCGGUUCCCCAUUCCCUGUGCUAAUCUUCGACACCCAAGAGGAGCUGAAACGGUUUUUGCACGGCAACUGAUGAACUAUUCAAGUAUUUUUGUGCAGUUUGUUUACUUGUAAGAUGUUGACUAAUUUAUACACUUAAAAAAACAUGGCUCAAGUUUUCAACAGUUACGUAACAACACAAACGAAAAAAAACGACACAUCCUCUAAUUCACAAUUCGUUGCUCCAAUAAGCAAUAUAAUUCAAUUCUUUCAAGAUAAGUUACGCUAUUUAUUACAUGUUGUAAUGAAUAAA